AUGGUUUUCAGCUGCAAAGAUGAGGCUGCAGCAGUGAGGGAUUUUGCUGAUUCUGCCUCUGAUAUCUCCUCUCUUCUCCCCGCACAGGCUAUUAGCAUCAGCAAAGCUAUCAAUACACAAGAAGCGCCAGUGAAAGAGAAACACGCCCGCAGAAUUAUCCUAGGAACUCAUCAUGAGAAAGGAGCAUUUACUUUCUGGUCCUACGCUAUCGGCCUCCCCCUGCCCAGCAGCUCCAUCCUCAGCUGGAAGUUCUGCCAUGUUCUGCACAAAGUCCUGAGAGAUGGCCACCGCAAUGUUCUUCAAGACUGUCAAAGAUAUCGGAGUAAUAUUCGUGAGACAGGAGACCUGUGGGGGCACUUGCACGACAGAUAUGGGCAGCUUGUGAAUAUUUAUACCAAACUUCUACUCACCAAGAUAUCCUUUCACCUAAAGCAUCCUGAGUUUCCCCCAGGCCUAGAAGUGACGGAUGAGGUGCUAGAAAAGGCUGCCGGGACAGAUGUGAAUAACAUCUUUCAGCUCACAGUGGAGAUGUUUGAUUACAUGGACUGUGAACUGAGACUCACAGAGUCAGUUCUCAGACAGCUCAACACCGCCAUGGCUGUGUCUCAGAUGUCCUCUGUGCAGUGCCGGCUGGCUCCUCUCAUCCAGGUGAUCCAGGACUGCAGCCACCUCUAUCACUACACCGUCAAGUUAAUGUUCAAGCUCCACUCCUGUCUGCCGGCUGAUACACUGCAAGGUCACCGAGACCGAUUCCAUGAGCAGUUCCGCAGCCUCAAAAACUUCUUUAAAAGGGCUUCGGACAUGCUGUACUUCAAGCGGCUCAUCCAGAUCCCAAGGCUGCCAGAGAGCCCCCCUAAUUUCUUGCGGGCAUCUGCCCUGGCAGAGCAUGUGAAGCCAGUGGUUGUCAUCCCUGAGGAGGCCCCGGAAGAUGAAGAACCAGAAAACUUAAUCGAGAUCAGUACGGCUCCUCCAGUGGAACAGCAGAAUGUGUCGGAUGUAUUUGAACAGACCUUUGGCCCCCCCAAUGGAGUUCGAGAUGACAGGGAUCUGCAAAUUGAAAACUUAAAGAAAGAGGUGGACAUGCUUCGGGCUGAGCUAGAGAAAAUGAAACUGGAGGCUCAGCGGUACAUCACGCAGCUCAAGGCCCAGAUCAACAGUCUGGAGGCAGAGCUGGAAGAGCAACGGAAACAAAAACAGAAAGCGCUGGUGGAUAACGAACAACUCCGGGAUGAGGUGGAGAGACUGCAGAGAGCUCAGCUGGAAAACAGCCGAACACAGGGGCUUUAUGUUGACGCUGAAAAGAAAGCCAGCGCCACGGAACUACGCUAUUCCAAGCUGAAAGAGAAACACAGCGAGCUUAUCAACACGCAUGCAGAGCUGCUGCGGAAGAAUGCAGAUACUGCCAAGCAGCUAACAGUCACCCAGCAAAGCCAGGAGGAACUUGAAGACCAGACCUUGCAGAUGGAGCAGCUGAAAAGAGAACUGGAAGCCAAGAAGGACGAGCUGACCCAGAUUCAAAGCUCUCUCAGCCAUUCCAAGCAGGCUGGCUCCGAGCUCCAUUCCCAAGUGGAAGCCCUGCAUGCCGAGAAGGACUCGCUGAGGAAGUCAGUGAGCGAGAAGGAGUGUGAGCUGCUGUCCAUUAAGGGCCUGAUUCAGGAGAAGGAGCUGCUUUUGAACCAGGAGGCAGAGAAGAAUGCUAAGGAAAUCCGGGAGCUGCAAGGGAAACUCAUGGAAAAGAAAAACCAGGAGCAGAGCCUCCAGCAGAAGCUCCUGGAUGACCAGUUCGGUAUGCUUCAGGGCACAGUGAAGGAGGCAGAGUACAUCAUCCAAGAUGCCGUUGCCAAGUUGGACGACCCCUUGCACAUCCGAUGCACCAGCUCACCAGAUUACCUCAUCAGCCGGGCACAGGCAGCCCUGGAGUCUGUGAACUCCUUGGAGAAUGGCCAUGCACAGUAUGUGACCAACAUGACAGGUAAAGGCCCCUUCUACUGGUUGUCUGGACUGGAAGCUGGCACAGAGGCCACUUGUCUGAAAGGGGCUGAGGUAGUUGUUUGGUGCGGUUGUUGUGAUUUGUGCCAGAUGGGAAGAGUUCCAUGUGCUUAUGAAGGAUUAUUGUUCCCAGAUGUGGGGGGGAGGGAGGUGCUGAAACUUGGAGGGAUUAAGGCCAAGAUUGUUCAGCCUCCUAAAUCCAUAUUUAGGCUUCCCCGGUUUCCCCCAUCAGAAUUAACUGACACCUGCAGGGACUGUGGGCAGCAGAGUCUGGAGUACCUGAAUGAGCUGAAGGAUAAACAGCUGCUGCAACAGGCAAACCCGAAGGACGUGAGGAGAGCGCUGCAGGGCAUCCUUCAACUGGGCCAGGAGCUGAGACCCAAAAGCUUAGACAUCAAGCAAGAAGAGCUGGGUGAUAUGGUUGAUAAAGAAAUGGCCUCCACCUCCGCAGCUAUUGAAGAUGCUGUCAGAAGGAUAGAGGAGAUGAUGAAUCAGGCCAGAAAUAAAAGCUCUGGCGUUAAACUGGAAGUGAACGAGAGAAUUUUGAACUCCUGCACUGAUCUAAUGAAGGCAAUUAGGCUUCUCGUAAUGACAUCUACCCAUUUACAAAAGGAGAUUGUUGAAAGUGGAAGGGGGGCAGCAACAACACAAGAAUUUUAUGCUAAGAACUCCCGUUGGACAGAAGGCUUGAUCUCUGCUUCCAAAGCUGUAGGAUGGGGAGCCACACAGCUUGUAGAAUCCGCAGACAGAGUGGUCCUACAUACAGGCAAAUAUGAAGAACUGAUUGUCUGCUCCCAUGAAAUUGCAGCCAGCACAGCUCAGUUGGUGGCUGCAUCUAAAGUAAAAGCUGACAAGAACAGCAGGAACCUGGGCAAGCAGGGAGGGGAGAGACAUGUUCCACACAUAUUUGAAGUGAGUGAGAGUAUGUAUCCAGCUAGCUCCGUUCUGUAUCAGUGUUGGAAAAUGAUCCUUAUAAGCUGCUACUGGAUAAACCUCCCCUCUCCCUCUCCUUCACCACCUCCAGACACUAUGGACUUCUCUGGCAUGUCGCUAAUCAAACUGAAGAAGGAAGAAAUGGAGACACAGGUGAAGGUGCUGGAGCUAGAGAAGAAGCUGGAGAAUGAGCGAAUUCGUCUCGGCGAGCUGAGGAAGAAGCAUUAUGCUUUGGCUGGGGUGUGUGAAGACCCAGAUGAGGGGGAGGGGAAACCAGCUGUGACACCAAAGCGGGGCGUCUUAAAGAAGCCACCACUGGCUCAGAAACCUGCCUUCCCGCUAAAACAGGACUGUGAGCUGGAACAGCAGGACGGCAUUUUUCAGGCUCACAUCAUAAAUUUCUAGGAAGCUACAGAAGUUGUUUCAGCACAAAAAGAGGAGGCAAUGGCAUGGGCUACUGCAUUUGCCUUCUAGCCCAGUACACUUCAGCUUGGUUGAGGGGGCCAGGAUUAACUGCCCAUCAUAUGCCUGCUGGGCUUAGACUGUGCUGGCACCAGUUUACCCCUCACAGGCAGACUAGCAAGUGCUGCACAUACUAUGAUGUAGGCAUUCCACAGCUGUUAGAUCUGUGUUUUAAGCAGACGCUGACUGGAUUAACCCACAAAUUGCCUUCAAGCUGGUCUGCCUUUAUUGUUCAGCUGGUUUUCCUGACUGCCACAUGUGAAGAACAACAUGACGUGACACUUUCUUUCUAGCACAAGAAAAAUUGGGUUACUGUUGUUUACUAAAGCAAUGCUACUUAACCUGUGGCACAUCAGUUCAACAGAAAGAGAAUGGAGCAGCUCUUCUAGGUCACUUUUUGUUUAUCAACAAUAGGAAUCUUAAGUAAAUGGAAGUGUAUCUCACUCUCACUACUGUAGUGCACACAUUUUUUUAAAGAAACGUGAAACAUUUUUAAAUGUAGGAAGUUGAUCUUUUCCUGCAGCCAUUCAUGGUAUACAAUGUGGCAGCUUGAAAAAGGGCAACUGAUGUUUCUUCAUGGGUAGCUACUUAAAGGAAGAGGCAUAAUUUAGUUUUAAAUUGUUUAUUUAAAUGUCUUAAAGGAAUAGGGUUUACACAUGGGGAAGAAUAGAUAAUAUAUAUAUGACAGCAAUAAGGGUGCAAACUUUUUUUCUUAUUAAUGGGUCAGGGGAAUAGUUUCACUGUGUUUUAUAGUUAAGAGAAUUAUCUGAAUUAAACAAUUUUGAUAGACACUAACUAUGUAAUAAUUAUUGCUAAGAGGUCUGGAGCAAUAAAUUUUUUGGGAGAGUUAAUUGAUUAAAAGGGAAACUGUUGGUUUAAAUACUAUACAAUUUCUUCCCUUGAGUUAUAGUAAUAUUUAAUUUAAGAACACUUAAGAAAAAUAAUUUUUCUUUUCUUGGCUAAUAGUCAAUGACUUUCACGUAGCUCAUUAUAGAGCGCUCUUCUUAAGUCAGUUUCAGAUCCUGGGUCUUAUGCCUAGCUCAAUACUGGGAUUGCAAGCAGUAGAUGUAAAUGUUUUAGAAAUGUUAACUAAACCGCCUCUUUCUAAAUCACUAGGAAGUGUAGUGUAGAAGAACGUGACUGCUCUUCAGUAUAGUAUGAUUAAGGAGAGCAUGGAACUGGCUCCAACUCCCACUUCAGAUGUCACUGGGCAUAGUGCUGUAUCAGACUUCUAAAAUAGAAGUGUAGCUUUCUUCAUUAUUCGAUCUGUAGCAUAGAUCCAUUCAGUAGCCUGCUUUUUCCCAUUUCACUGAUUUGGUACGUAACCUCUACACCCACUGCUAAGAGGAUGGCCUGUGUGUUUUACGCAUCUGAUGGUACAGGGCAGGAGAAGUCAGCAGUCAAACCACAGGCCAGAUCUGGACAAUUGAAUACUUUUGAAAAGAUACUGAAAUCUUUUUAUUUAUGCAGUGUGAAAAACAUUUUUCUGGUUUGGACUUUGACAAAAAAUAAUUGACUCCCCUGCUGUAUGUUGGACAGAAUUGUCAUUCUCAGGGCUUAAAUUCAGCUGGAGUGGAGAUCUGGUAAAUAUUUUCAGACCCAUAGGGCAGAACCCCCAUAACCAGGCUCUGGGAAAUACUCUGAGAAUGUAAGCCCUGCUUUAGUAUACCAAGAGCCCUAUACCUAGCAUUUCAAAUGUGGAUGCAAAAGGCAUUAAUGUAUGUAGCACCACCUACAACCAAGAUUGAAUAUGUUGGUCUAUGGCAGGGGUUCCCAAUCUGGGAUACGUGUACCCCCAGGAGGUACAAGAAGCUUGCCAAGCGCUAUGGGGAAUAUUUGGUAAAUAAGUAGAAUAUCCUAAUUGAAAUAUUCCAAAAGUACAGCCGCUCCCCGAGUUACGACCAUCCGCACUUACAACCAAAGCAGUCGUAAAUGCGGAUC